UUGGUUGACGUAAAUCACAUGUAAUGCUUCCGCCAUAUUGUCGAGGCAGAGACAGUGAGCACUUCUCCUUAUCGGCCAAACAGAUCGGAGGGCUGAAGGCGAUCUGAGCCUCUAUGGAUGAUAGACGAUCGUCUGGCAGGGCGAAACGACAGAAGCCCAUUGAGGAGGGGUCAUGGGACUGCAGUGUAUGCACCUUUCAGAAUCCGACGGAAGCCUACAAGUGUGAGAUGUGUGAUGUUAGAAAAGGAACAUCCACAAGAAAACCAAGGCUGAAUGCUCAGAUUGCAGCACAGCAGGUUGCGCAACAGUAUGUGCCCCCGCCUCAGAAAAAGGAAAGGCCGUUCAAAUCAGAAGACUAUAUGAACGAGUCGUCCAAUGACAGCUGUGAUGUGAGAACAAUUAGCAAUACAAACUCUCUUAGUCUAGAACCCCACACCAAUCUUACUGGGAACACCUUCAUCGUCAAAAAGGAGAAAAAUCACUCGCAUUCCACGAAAAAAUCGUCAAGGUCGACUCCCAGAAUUGACAGGAGCAGUGCCGAGACAAUGUCUGUGACAGUUGGAAAUGUUACUGUGGUGAUUACGGACUACAAGGCAAAACUGGAGAAGAAAACGUCAUCAACGUCGGCUGAUAUGCAUCAGAAUGUGACGUCAGACAGUAGUGACUGUUCUGUGCUUAGUGGCAUCAACCGACACGCGGAGGAAUUUGUUGGAAAUGGAAGCAACCACUAAUGCAGAGUUUCACACGUUUCCUUAGCAACUGACGAUUUAUUUAAAUAUACCAAAAAAGACAACAUGUGCGCACAUAUCAUGGAAAGGCACCAAGAUGCUCAGGUGCUUCAUAAAUCUUUUUUCACCCCGUCAUCAAUGUCAUCUUAUACUAGUAUGCUCCAUUGGAGAGACCGUGGUUUCUUUCUGUUGCUUGCCAGUACUGACGUUGUCUUGUCAAGAAUGAUCAUCUUCCUAGCAGAUUUAUGAAUGGAUGACAAAAUUCAUCAGUACUGAAAUAUUCUUUUAUCAAUUUGAGUCUAUGAUAAUGUUGUGGUGAACACUUUUUAUAACGAUUUAUUCAUAUGUCUUGCAUAUGCUUGUGUUGAAACAAGUGUAUUUUAAAGGAUGGGUAUUUAUUUAUAUGCUAUUUGUGCGAAGCACUAAUUAAUGUUAAUCAUUGAUUCAUUUUAUGAGUGCCCCUUCUUCCUUCAGUGCUUUAAGAAAAUCGUUAAAAGAUGCCAUACAAUCGAAUGUUUGAGUAAUUUUUAUUUCGAAAAAAAAAAUAAUUUGGUGUUAGGCCAUUGAAUUAAUCAGGAGUGUGGUCUUUGUCGUCAUCAGACAUUUAAUAGUACAUUAUGCUUCAGGUUGUAAUUUUUUUUUACUGAGCAAUGUACCCAUAAAUGCUGUGGAUAUUGACUAUACUAGUAUAUAUAAAAGAUGAAAAUGUUUGUCUAAUUUUUAGAGUUGGUUCAUUAUAAUUUAUGCAUUUUAAAAUAUUUUAUUGAAGCCAUGCUUUUGAUUGUUUAUUCACUGAUUGAUGCACAUUUACCUUUUUACUAGCCUUGUUGAAUGAAAGACGGUGACAAAAGAUUUAAAAGUGUGCAAGUAUCGAUUAUCUGCAAAUUCUGAGAUACUCAAUUUGUUCAUGAUGGAUAUAUAAAUAAUGAUAUAAUGUG